CACGAGCGGCGGAAAAGAACCCCAUAGAUGCCAUGAAUUUGUCAUAAGUUUCUGAGUUCAUCUUGGGACUGCAUUCAUCUGGAAGCUACAAGGUUCUAGAAGUAAUUUGUUAAUAUCCAUUGCUUUCAUUUAAGUGUUUAGUGUCUCCAGGUCAGGUCAGGGGCAGUUGCAUGUUACCUAGGCAGCUGCCAUUCUCGAGGUAGUGAAGCACCAACCUGCGUGCGAGGAUACUAAGGUCGUAAAUAGAGAAGCUCUGCGAUGUAUUCCACCUUGGGGGCUAGCCUUCCUGCCAUGCGCGCUCGAUGGAAACAAUUCAUACUUAAUUGUAGUGUCUAUGGGAAGCGCUGUGAGAGCGGUUCGGUACCGAAACCCAAACACCGACGGCCAGUCUUUAGGAGAUUCUCAUCCGGCGGAAAGCGAACUAGCAGGCAGCUUCGAAACGGCUUUCCGCCUGCAUUCUGGGCUCGCAUCCUAGACGUGAGGGGUCAAUGGCAGCUCGACAUAUUGCUAGAUGAUUGCGAGGGGUUUGACGCGUUUGACCUACACUACUAUUAUUUCUGUACCGAACCGAAUUUUUUAUACUCUGAUGGGUCGGUCGCACUACACGGCUUGACCUACGAAUGCAUUCCACAUCUAACAAUAGACGCAGCCGGAGCCGUAUGCGAUAUGGCCUCUCACCAACAUUCCGCAAGAGUCGACAAACUUUCGUUUGCCCAUGAUGGUCAUGGAAGGCAAGGGCAUAUUAUCCAUAUCACACAAUUUCCCGGGUUUGCCAAGGAUACUUACUCAUGUCACUGUCGGAUAUGUGUACUGGCUCUACCUCUUGGGAAGACAGGCCUAGCGAGGCCACCGAGGACGAUCUAUUCACAGAUAUAACCUACAAAUUUAGAUACGUUCGCUGGUGUCAAUGUGAUGCUAGGCAAAUGCCCCUGGGCUUUUGUCCGAGGUAUAAUCGACUUCUAGGAUGUCGCGUUGUGGAGCUCGGGGAAGUGGCUGCCUCCCCACAUGCCCGCGUCGAAGUUUCAACUCUUUGACAGUAAUUGCGGACCUUGGCUUUAGAUGAGGACAGGGAAAUAGGAAGACUACCAUUCGUUGAAACAGGCCUACUAUAAAUGACGAGA